UAUUUAUAUUCUAUUAUAUAAUCAUAAAUUGAUGGAUUUGAAUCCACUGCAGAUUUGCUAGCAGAGGUGUGUAGAAGAGAGAUAGAAGAAAACAUUAAACCUGAUCCAGAUAUCGAUGUUUAUAUGAAAGCCAGAGCAGCUGGAGGCCACAAAGCGAAUAUUAUAACAGAUUACAUUCUAAGGGUUUUGGGACUUGAGAUCUGUGCAGAUACUUUUGUGGGGAAUGCAAUGUUAAGAGGUAUCUCUGGUGGACAAAGAAAACGUGUUACAACAGCGGAGAUGCUGGUUGGUUCAGCCAGAGCUCUUUUCAUGGAUGAAAUAUCAACGGGUUUGGAUAGCUCAACAACAUUCCAAAUUGUGAAUUCACUAAAGCAAUAUGUCCAACUUAUGAAAGGAACUGCUCUGAUCUCACUCUUGCAGCCACCACCAGAGACUUUCAAUCUUUUUGAUGACAUUAUUUUGCUCUCUGAUGGACAUAUAGUUUAUCAGGGCCCUUGUCAAAAUGUCCUUGAAUUUUUUGCUUUCAAGGGUUUUAAAUGUCCUGAAAGAAAAGGUGUAGCAGACUUUUUACAAGAAGUGACAUCAAUGAAAGAUCAAGAACAAUAUUGGGCACACAAAGACCAAACAUAUAGAUUUGUGACAGCCAAAGAGUUUGCAGAGGAAUUUCGGUCAUUUCACAUUGGUAGAAGCCUUGGUGAAGAACUUGCUACUGAAUUUGACAAGUCUAAAAGCCACCCUGCUGCUUUGGCAAAACACAAGUAUGGAGUGGCAAAAUGGGAACUCUUAAAAGCUUGCUUAUCAAGAGAAUAUUUACUCAUGAAACGCAAUUCCUUUACCUAUAUCUUCAAAUUUUGCCAAGUGGCUAUGAUGGCCCUUGUUGCCAUGACAGUUUUCCUUCGAACCGAAAUGCACCGAGAUUCAAUGACUGAUGGAGGGAUUUAUGCUGGUGCAUUGUUCUAUGGCCUUUUUGUGGUCAUGUUUAAUGGAUGUUCUGAAGUUACAAUGGUAGUUCAGAGGCUUCCAGUAUUUUACAAGCAAAAAAACUUUCUCUUUUAUCCAGCAUGGGCUUAUGGUCUUCCUCAAUGGAUUCUAAGAAUCCCCAUAACAGUUAUAGAAGUGCUUCUUUGGGUACUACUCACUUACUUUGUCAUUGGUUUUGAUCCUCACCUUGGAAGAAUGUUAAGGCAAUGGCUAAUUCUAGCAUUAGCCAACCAAAUGGCUUCAGGGUUGUUCAGAUUAACUGCAGCAGUUGGUAGAGAAAUUAUUAUGGCUUCCACUAUUGGAGCAUUUACAUUAACCCUUGUUUUUGCCAUGAGUGGCUUUAUCUUGUCCAAAGACAACAUAAGAAAAGGUUGGCUAUGGGGAUAUUGGGUGUCACCUAUGGUGUAUGCACAAAAUGCCUUAAUGAACAACGAGUUCUUAGGGAAGAGUUGGAGACAUGUUUUACCUAACUCAACAGAAUCAUUAGGAGUUCAAGUUUUGAAAUCUCGCGGAUUCUUUACUGAAUCAAACUGGUAUUGGAUAGGUGCUGGAGCAUUAGUUGGAUUCACAUUAUUGUUCAAUUUUUCUUUCAUCCUUGCUCUCACUUACUUGAACCCACUUGAAGCAAGUCACACUGCUAAGUCAGAGGAUAAAUCUCUGAAAGAGGAGAAUGGUGGAAGCACCUCUGUUCAAUCUUUAUAUAAUCGGAAAAGAGGAAUGGUUCUCCCUUUUGAACCACAUUUCAUCACCUUUGAUGAAGUAACAUAUGCUGUUGACAUGCCACAGGAAAUGAGGAAACAUGGUGUUGUUGAGGAAAAGUUGGUUCUUUUGAAGGGUGUUAGUGGAGCUUUUAGGCCACAUGUUCUCACUGCUCUAAUGGGUAUCACCGGUGCCGGAAAAACAACUUUGAUGGACGUACUUGCCGGUCGAAAAACAGGGGGAUAUAUUGGAGGGAACAUCACAAUUUCUGGAUAUCCUAAGAAGCAAGAAACAUUUGCAAGAAUCUCCGGAUAUUGUGAACAAAAUGAUAUCCACUCUCCUCAUGUUACUGUCUAUGAAUCUUUGUUCUAUUCGGCCUGGCUCCGGUUGUCUUCCGAAAUCAACAUUGAAACAAGAAAGAUGUUUAUUGAUGAAGUGAUGGAGCUUGUGGAGUUGAACUCGCUAAGGAAUGCAAUAGUUGGAUUGCCAGGUGUUAAUGGUUUGUCGACUGAACAACGCAAAAGGUUAACUAUCGCGGUCGAAUUAGUGGCUAAUCCUUCAAUCAUAUUCAUGGAUGAACCAACUUCUGGGCUUGAUGCAAGGGCUGCUGCUAUUGUUAUGAGAGCAGUUAGGAACAUAGUGGACACUGGCAGAACAAUUGUUUGCACCAUCCAUCAACCUAGCAUUGAUAUAUUUGAAUCUUUUGAUGAGCUUUUUCUAAUGAAGCGAGGAGGAGAAGAGAUAUAUGUUGGGCCACUUGGCCAUAAUUCUUCUGAUUUAAUUCAUUACUUUGAGGGAAUUCAAGGUGUUAAUGCAAUCAAUGAUGGCUAUAAUCCAGCAACAUGGAUGUUGGAAGUCACAAGUUCAGCAAAAGAAAUGGAAUUGGGAAUUGAUUUUGCUCAACUGUACAAGAAUUCAGACUUGUACAGGAGAAACAAGGUCUUUAUCAGAGAACUAAGUACUCCAAAACCAUGUUCCAAGGAGCUUUAUUUUCCUUCAAAGUAUUCAAGGAGCUUCUUUACUCAAUGCAUGGCUUGCUUAUGGAAACAACAUUGGUCAUAUUGGCGCAAUCCUCUAUACACUGCCAUAAGAUUUCUCUUAACAACAACACUCGCCUUGGUACUUGGAAGCAUGUUUUGGAAACUUGGCUCCAAAAUUGAGAAGCACCAAGAUCUAUUUAAUUCCAUGGGGUUGAUGUAUGUUGCUGUGAUGCUUAUUGGCAACAAGAAUGCUACUUCCGUACUACCGGUGGUGACCGUAGAAAGAACUGUAUUUUACAGAGAACAAGCCGCCGGAAUGUAUUCCCCUUUGGCAUAUGCUUUUGCUCAGGCUUUAAUUGAAAUCCCUCAUGUUCUCUUACAGUCUAUAGCAUAUGGAGUAAUAGUUUAUGCAAUGAUUGGUUAUGAAUGGACCGUGGCUAAAUUCUUUUGGUACUUGUUCUUCAUGUUCUUCACUUUCCUAUAUUUUACCUACUAUGGAAUGAUGAUGGCAGCCACAGCCCCAAAUCCACACAUUGCUUCAAUAGUUGGAAGUGCAACAUAUUCUAUGUGGAAUCUUUUCUCUGGCUUUCUGAUUCCACGUACACGGAUACCAAUAUGGUGGAGAUGGUACAAUUUGAUAAAUCCGGUAGCUUGGAGUUUGUAUGGGUUGGUGGCUUCACAAUAUGGAGAUAUAGAAGAAAAUACUGAGUUUAAUGGAAUACAUGUUCCGGUGAAAGACUUCUUAAAAAAUUACUAUGGUUUUAGGCAUGAAUUUUUGGGAGUGGUUGCAACCAUUGUUAUUGGAUUCGCACUAGUUUUUGCAGUGAUUUUUGCCGUAUUUAUCAAGAUGUUUAAUUACCAAGCAAGAUAAGAGUUUUACUCAAAUUCAACUGUUGUAUGAUGUUGCCCAUAGACUAUUUGCAUAUAAUAAAGAGCAAUGCUAAAAUAUUAUCAUUUCUAUCUAA